AUGGCUGUGGCUGCAAAGUUGCUUUCUGCUUUGAUCAUUGCCCUCAUUGCCAUUUCCAUGCUUCAAACGAUGGUUGUGGCAUCUCAUGGACAUGGAGGCCACCACUACAAUGACAAGACAAAAUUUGGACCUGGCAGUGUCAAGAGCUACCAAUGCCCAUCACAAUGCACAAGGAGGUGUAGCAGGACCCAGUACCACAAGCCCUGCAUGUUUUUCUGUCAAAAGUGUUGUAGGAAGUGCCUGUGUGUGCCCCCAGGGUAUUAUGGUAAUAAAGCAGUGUGCCCUUGCUACAACAACUGGAAGACCAAGAGAGGAGGCCCCAAAUGCCCUUAA